GGACCUCUUCUGAUUCCGAUCCCUAGCGCAGCAUUUCAACUUUUCGCUCUCAGGAUUAUAAUCAAUUUCUGGUUCAUAAGCAGCUAGUGGGAUUGAUUGCUUGAUUGUGUUCAAUACCAAUCUGCAGUUUCUUACUGCUAACAAAAAUGGUUUCUGAGUCGUCUUGGUUUCGUGCUCUAUGGAAAACGAAAAAGAAGCACGACAGUGAACCGGAGAAGCUCCGAGUUGGAGUUUUGGCGUUUGAAGUGACGAGCUUGAUGUGUAAGCUGGUUCAUCUAUGGAAGUCUCUAAGUGAUGAUCAGGUGUCGAGGUUAAGGGACGAAAUAGCCAACUCACUUGGUAUAAAAAAGCUUGUUUCCGAAGACGAUGUUUACAUUUCAAAGCUAAUAUGCAGCGAGAUCAGCGAGAACUUGAGGAAUAUGGCAUCAACCGUUACCAGGCUCUCAAAGAAAUGCCGGGACCCACUCUUGAGGAGCUUUGAGCUGGCAUUUGACGAGCUUCUUAAACUCAGUUCCGACCCAUAUGGAUGGCAACUGAGCUGGAAGAAGAUGGGGAGGAAAGUUAAGAAGAUGGAAAGAUUCGUUGCUAUCAAUGCUAAUUUGUACAGAGAAAUGGAAACACUUUCAGACCUCGAACGGACUGUGAGGAGAAUGAAGGUUGGUUGUGGUAAUAGUGUCGAUCCUCCCACGGAUACUGUUGUUUUACUUCUUGAGUAUGAGAGAAAGGUCACCAGGAAGAAAGAUGAAGUGAAGUAUCUUAGAGAGGUCUCUCUUUGGAACAGGAGUUAUGAUUAUACUGUUUUUCUUUUGGCAAGGUCUGUGUUCACUAUAUUUAGUAGGGUUAGGGAUGUUUUUGGGAUGACUGAUAAUCAGGAAGUCAAAAACUUGAAACUUGUUGAAUCCGAUUACAUCUUCCGGAGCCAGUCGGUUGCAUUCUCACAUUCAUCUGUGCAUCCCACUGAGUACAAGCUUUCUAGAUUUUCCUCAGAGCCCUUUGAGAGUCAUCUCCUAGCUAAAUCCGGCCCAGUUCUAAAGCCGACCAAAACAAGCACAUUUUUUUCGGGCCCACUCCAGAAUUCUAACACCGUUUCAGAUGUAGCAAGUAGUAACACACUUAACUUCUACUCAGGCCCUAUGGAGAUGCCAUCGGAAAAGCCUCACUCAAUCACCAGACCUAACAAGCUUCAAAAAUGGUGGCAUUUAAGAGGAAAACUCCAGAUUUCAAAAGCGGCCGAGAAGCGUCCUACGCCUGUAGGACCUCUGUUAGCGUGCGGGGCCAGUUCUCCUUACCUAAGUUCAUCGUGUAGGUUGUUGAUCGAAGCGCCCCCAGACACUCUAGGGGCAGCUGCCCUAGCGCAUCACUACGCAAACAUCAUCAUUGUAAUAGAGAAAUUUGUGGCGUCCCCGCACCUGAUAGCGCCAGACGCUAGAGAAGACCUCUACAACAUGUUGCCUGCAAGCAUAAGGGCAGCCCUUAGGGCAAAGCUAAAGCCAUACGCAAAGACUCUGAAUUUGGUAGGACAUGAUAUGUCCCUUGCGGAAGAAUGGAACGAGGCGAUGCUGGGGAUAUUGGGGUGGCUGGCCCCACUCGCCCAUCACAUGCUCAGAUGGCAAUCAGAGAGGAGUUUUGAGCACCACCGCAGCUUUGUCUCAAGAACAUUCAAUGUGUUCCUUGUACAAACUCUUUACUACGCAAACCAGGAAAAAACUGAAGCCACAAUCGCCGAACUUCUUGUUGGUUUAAACUACCUUUGGGGAUACAGCAGAGAGAUCACUGCAAAAGCAAUAGAGAAACAUGCCGGUGAAAGACCUUUUGAGGAAGAUGACGACUCCGAUGAGUAAGAGGAUUUCAAGGGGAUAGGGAGAAAUUCAAACAACUUGAAGGGUCUUUCAUGAACUGCAGUAAGAUCAGACACAUUAAGAUCCGUUCGUUGCCUGUGCAAAAAAACCACUGAAACGACACGUCUUCUUGCAGAUAUGUAGCAUCCAAGCGUUCAUUUGGGUUCGAAAGGACCGACGGAGUAAUAUAUCCACGGGAAGUUGGUAAAUGAGCUCUUGAAGUUCUUUGUAAGUUUUAUAAGUUACUUUGCCAAGGAUUAUUUUGGUAGAUAUUUGCCUGUGUACAUUUAAAUAUUUGCUCAAAGGUUGAGUAUGAUUUAUAGCAUACAUGUUGAAAGAUUCAUCUAUAAUAUAUGAGUGUAAAUUGU